AUGUCAAAGCCAUCAUUCGAGAACCUGUGUGUCGAGGUAGAUUGGGACUUUGCCAUGGUUGUAGAGGAGUUGGACAUGUGUCCUAGAAACGUCCUAAGAAGGUCAACCGGAAUACUACCAAGAGCCAACAACAAGGUCGUGUGUUCACUACAACAACGGGGGAUACCGUUAGAUCCGACAGUUUGGGAAUUGGGGAAUGAUCCUAUCACCUGGGGUGCCUUCCAAGUGGAAUUUUAUAAGAAGUACUUCCCGAAUUCUGCUAGAACGGUCAAGGAACUUGAAUUACUGCAACUGAAGCAGGGUACAAUGUCCGUAUCAGAGUAUACGGAUAAAUUUGAGGAGUUAUUCAGAUUUUCUCGUAUGUGUCAAGGAACUCCGGGAGACUCUGAGGAAUGGAAGUGUAUUAAGUAUGAAGGAGGACUUCGAGAAUGUGUGAGGAAGGCUGUUGAGGCGAAGAAUGACCAUUGGGAGUUCCAUCGCAGGGAGCACAAUCAAGAUUACCCAACAAGGGGCCAAGAGUUUAAGAGAAGAGGAUACCCACAACGUUUUCCCCAAAGGCGAAAUGACCUUGCGACGAAUAAGAAUUCCCAAGGAAAGGGUAGGGAAAAACAAAUAGUGGCUGCUUCGGAUGUUUUGAGCUGUCAGAAAUGUGGAGGUCAUCACCCAAAUAGACCGUGUCGUUAUGGUUCGGGUUUGUGUUACAAUUGCAGAAAGCUAGGACAUUUGGUCAGAGAUUGCCCACACCGGAAGGAUCGGGAGACUGCCAGGUCCGAUUUUCGUACCUGA